GAUAGAAAACAUUUCAGGACGGGCUCUGUUCCCCGAGUUGCGUUUUCGCAAGACCUGCUGUUGGCCGCGGGCCCACGAGCAAUUAUCAACAUAUACCACUUAUUAGAUCAAGUAUUAUCUACCUGAAUGACCUAGGUGCAAGGGGCAGGCUGCUUGCGUUUGUUACGCAAGCCUUGGAAUUUCCUUUGUGACCUGCCCGGCGAGGACUUGGACCUGACAUAGGAGCAAGCAGCAGCCAUGGAUGACUCUAUGGACUACCCUGACCGCGACGGGGACGACCUGGACCAGUUCCAGGGCACCGCGCGCUCGCAGGUCGUGCAGAACCAGCCGCACGACGAGGAGGUGAACCUGAGUGAGUCGGAGAGCUUCGCGGGAGCGGAUGAGCCUCCAGCUGCGCCUAGAGAUGCGUCGCUCAUAGAGUCACACGACAUGGACGAGGGGCCAGCUGCUCCAGCGCGGACACUCUCACCAACGGGCUAUGAGGCUGGAAAGCACGCACCUGGCGGCAUCGCCAACUCGGACGAGGCACCGCCGGGUGCUUACAACGCACAGGAGUACAAGCACCUGAACGUGGGCGAGGACGUGCGCGAGCUGUUCUCCUACAUCGGCCGCUACAAGCCGCAGACGGUGGAGCUGGACACGCGCAUCAAGCCCUUCAUCCCUGACUACAUCCCCGCGGUGGGCGGCAUCGACGAGUUCAUCAAGGUGCCGCGACCCGACACCAAGCCCGACUACCUGGGGCUCAAGGUUCUGGACGAGCCGGCCGCCAAGCAGUCGGACCCCACGGUGCUGACGCUGCAGCUGCGGCAGCUGUCCAAGGAGGCGCCGGGCGCCAAGGCCGACAUGGUGGGGCGGCUGGAGCACACCGACGAGAACAAGGCCAAGAAGAUCCAGCAGUGGAUCGCCUCCAUCAACGACAUCCACAAGGCCAAGCCGGCCGCCACCGUCAACUACAGCAAGCGCAUGCCAGAGAUCGAGGCGCUGAUGCAGGAGUGGCCGCCGGAGGUGGAGACCUUCCUCAAGACCAUGCACAUGCCGUCCGGCGAUGUGGAGCUGGACAUCAAGACCUACGCCCGGCUGGUGUGCACGCUGCUGGACAUUCCCGUGUACGACGACCCCGUGGAGAGCCUGCACGUGCUGUUCACACUGUACCUGGAGUUCAAGAACAACCCCAUCUUCAGGCAGCACAUGGAGAUGGAGAACAAGCUGGACGGCAUGUCGGGCGGCGGCGGCGGCAUGAUGGGCGGCGGCGCGGAUGUGCUGGGCUUGUGAGCAGCAGCGGCCUGAAGGAUCGGAGGAGCAAAGUGGUGGAGAGGAGGAUGACUUAAGUGGAAAGGGUACAUGGAGUUAAAGCGGUGUACGAGGUCCCAGCGUGGGUAGUGGUCGCCAGGCAACCGCGUGAAGGGCGUUGCGUCACUCAAGUUGUGUGCGCCGCAGCCGAAGGCAACGUGGACGGCACGGUUCGGUGAGGGGUUCAAAUUUCAGGGGGCUUUGAGGGGUUCUGUACAUAUGUGGAAUCCGUACAACAUGAAACAUAACUUAGUCGAGUCGCGGAGCGACCAGCUCCGCUCCUGUGGAUGUGCUUGGACAAGGCGGGUUCCAGGAGCCGUUUGACGUGCUUAUUUGGCGGGCGCGUGGCGGCGUGGGCCGGCACAGCAGCGCCGCAAGGGCGCCGUGGUGCGUGCCGUGCAUGUAAGUCCCUGAUGAC